CUCACUCCAGAAAUCCAGGAGCAGGUGCACAGGUCUUUAAAACCAAGCGAAAGUAUCUCUGCAAAAUUGCUGGGGAAAAAACUUCAUCUUCCCAAAAAGAUAAUCAACCAAGCACUCUACUCUUUAGAGCGUUCACAAAAAGUCUUCAAGCAAGGAUUGUACCCUCCAAAGUGGACUUUGAACCUCAAAACUGUAAGGGUUGAGGAACCGCAAUCUUCCAACUUUCAACAACCUAAAGUUGAGUUAGAGAUAAAAUCUGAAAUAGAAGACGACGACUCAGACACAGAAACCCUGUCAAACUGUUCUUCUUCAGAGUCCCCUGUUUUGGAAACGUUUCAUUCAUCUGGGCAACCUAGUGAACAUUGCAAUAGUAGCACAUCUGCUGAUCAACCUUUCACAAUGGCAGACCUUAAAGAAGGCAUUUUACAGCAGCUCCUGAAGUUAGCCCCGGUAACAUCUCUAGUGUUAGCCAAAAAUAUGGGCUUGAAGAAUUCCAAACAGGUCAAUUCCACCUUGUACUCCCUGGAGAAGACAGGAGAAGUCGUGAUGAACCGUGAAAAACCGCCCACCUGGGAUCUCUCGGACCACCAAAAAGAGAGAAUGAAGAGGACCCUUAAGGCGUCAAAGAGUGAGCAGUUUGAGUUACCGAUGAAAGAAGAGCCACAGCCAGAACUAAUGAAAGAAGAGCCGCUGCCAUUUGAGGGAAGUUGGUUGCCAAAGACUGACGUGCUGUUCCCCACUCCGGCUCCACAACUGCCUGUACACACAAGCCAGGAGGAAGUGGCUGUUGAAGGACAGUGGGCUUCUGAUGAUAUCCCAGAAUAUCUAAACAGCAUUCGCAAGCAGACAGACAUGGCAACUAAUGAAAAUGCCAACCCGGUUGGAACUAUAGCGGUGUCUCUGGCAGCCCCACCAGCACAGAACCUUUGGGCAAAAUUACAAGAGGUUCGUCAAAAGAAUCCUGUGAGCGCCCUGAUGGAAUACGCCCAAUAUGUGGGCCACAGUUGUGAGUUCAUACUUCUUGACCAGUCAGGACCCUCGCAUGACCCCAGAUUCCGCAUGCAGGUCAUGCUCAACGGGAGACUUUUUCCAGUUGCUGAAGCCUCUGCAAAGAAGGUGGCCAAGAAAGAUGCUGCCGCGGCAACCUUGCUAAUGCUCGUUGGAGAAAUGCAGGGAGGUGGUAAUGAAGGUAGUAACGCCAAUUUAAGCCAAGCAAUGGACGUACUCGCCAACGCUGGUGGUUCCACUGAGGGCUCAGGGGGUGCUUUUGAACCAGGCACUGUGGAAGUGAUGGGCAUGCCCGAUGGACCUCUUCCACUUUCCCGCUCGCUCCCCGGAGGGAAGAAUCCUGUAUCUGUCCUCAUGGAAUACAGUCAGCACAGCGGGAAUCCCAUCGAGUUUAUAAUCACUGGUCAAGCUGGUCCGCCUCAUGACCCUAGGUUCAUGUAUAGAGUGAAGGUUGGAGAAAAUCUCUUUGCAGAGGCUUCUGCUCCAAGCAAAAAGGCAGCACGCCAGCUGGCAGCUGAGGAGGCUGUCAAAGAAUUGAUGGCUGACGGGAGGCUGCAACUCAACAAGCCUCAAUUGCCCCUCGGCUCCUCGAGUGAUAGUGAUAUGUGCGGGACUUGCCCAUCUUUGCCACCUUUGACAGCUGAUGAGUUGCGAGCAGCUCACGAGGCCGGCGUCGGAGAUCUCAUCAACCACCUGAACAACAAUGCCGUGUCGGGGCUUCUAGAGUACGCUAGGGCCAGAGGAUUUGCUGCGGAGAUCCGUCUGGUGGGUCAGUCUGGGUCAGCGCACGAGCCUAAGUUCACCUAUCAGGCGAAACUGGGUGGACGCUGGUUCCCGCCAGUUUGCGCAUCCAACAAGAAGCAGGGCAAACAGGAGGCAGCAGACGCUGCGCUACGCGUACUGAUUGGCGAGGCAGAGAGGGCAGCCCGCACUGGCGAGCUGAUCCCCGCUGAGCUUCCCGUAAGUGGCAGCACAUUGCACGACCAGAUUGCCAUGCUAAGCCACCAGCGUUUCAACGCCCUGACCACACGCAUCCAGCACAGCUUGUUGGGACGCAAGAUUUUGGCUACUAUCGUCAUGAGGAGGGGCGAAGGCCUGGGAACUGUUGUCAGCUUAGGAACUGGCAAUCGUUGCGUUAAGGGGGAGGAGCUGAGCUUAAAAGGUGACACUGUAAAUGACGGUCAUGCCGAAAUCAUCUCUAGAAGGGGAUUUGUAAGAUUUCUUUACAGUGAGUUGCUGAAACACUUUGAAGGCACAGACAACAGUAUAUUUGAGGCGGUGGCAGGGGAUAACAAACUAAGGAUCAAAUCAGACAUAACCUUUCACCUCUACAUUAGCACGGCGCCAUGUGGCGAUGGCGCUCUUUUUGACAAGUCUUGCAGCGAGACUGGGGAAGAGGUGGGUGGUCACCAACCUCUGUUUGAGAAUGCCAAGCAAGGCAAGCUGCGCACUAAAGUGGAGAAUGGCGAGGGAACCAUCCCAGUUGAGUCUAGCGCUAUUGUACCUACUUGGGAUGGCAUUCAACAUGGGGAGAGGCUGCGCACCAUGAGUUGCAGUGACAAGAUCCUGCGCUGGAACGUGCUGGGCCUACAGGGGGCGCUGCUUACUCACUUUCUGCAUCCCAUCUACCUGAAGUCCAUCACGCUUGGGUAUCUGUACAGCCACGGUCACCUGACCCGGGCAGUUUGCUGCAGGCUGGCCAGAGAUGGAGACGCAUUCAGCCAAAGCCUUCCUCCUCCCUUCCAGCUCAACCACCCUGAGGUGGGUCGAGUCAGCGUGUACGAUUCCACACGUCACACGGGCAAAACUAAGGAGUCCAGCGUUAAUUGGAGCCUCCCUGACCAUACAAGUGUGGAGGUUCUAGAUGGCACUAAAGGCAAACUUGACGGGAACAAGCUGGGCGUGUCCCGUGUGUCCAAGUCCAACCUGUUCUGUCUGUUCCGCACACUGUGCCAGCGUUGCAACCGCACCGACCUCCUCUCAAUGCAGUCAUACGCUCAGGCGAAGAAGGCGGCAUACUCCUUCCAGCUCGCGAAAGACCGCUUCUUCCAAGCGCUCGGCGACCAUGGCUAUGGCGCCUGGAUCGGUAAACCGCUGGAGGAGAAGAGCUUCGAGGCAGGGAAGGAGACGUAUGACCUGACCAACAUGGAACCAGCGUAUCAACUCUCUGUUCUGGACAGUCUUCACCAAACGGAAAAAGAGGUCUCCCGGAUGUCUGGCAAUCGGUCAGUGUCUGAGUAUUCGAUGGAUUUCCAAACUCCGGUGAGACGCAGCGACUGGAACAUGGAAGCCGUGAUCGACGCAUUCUAUCACUGCCUGGCGGACUACACCAAAGAUGAACUUGUCGCCUAUGAAUCACCCAGCACCCUUGACAAAGCCAUUCCCAUGCCUGUAUCUGACUCUGACUCUGAACCCAAUCCGGUGCCAUCGUUAGUUGAUUCCUCCACUGGAAAGGAGGAGAUUGAGCCGAUGCCUGCUCUAAGCCUAUGCCCGUAUCUGACUCUGGCUCUGAACCCGACCCUGGAUUAA